UUGUAGUGGUUAAUAAAAAUAUUUCAUUAACAUGGACGUAGGGUCUAAGGACUGUAAGAGAGAUGGUAGAAAGUGAGUACAUUUUUUGUUUGAAUUUCAUACAGUACUCUGCGUGUUUGUCACUCACUUCUACUCACAUUUGAGUUCUUGAACAGAACCACUUCCAUCUUCCAGUUAUUUUUUUUUACUGCAUAGCUAUCCAAGAUGAAGCUAAUCCUGAAAAUCUCCUUCACCUUCACACUGUUCUACACAGUAGCAGACACACUACAGUGCUACACUUGCGAGUCUGAUGAGUGCAGCGAAGCAGCGUUGGAGAUGUGUUCUGGGGGAGAGGUGUGUUCCACUAGGACAACUGUAUUUGGUGAUUUAGGCACCAGAGUCUCUAAGGAUUGCACAACGAGAGAGGAAACCUGUGUAUUCAUGGACGCAACGACAAGAACAUCAAUCAGUGGUGGAUACACACACACCUCCAACGCCGCGUACUGCUGCAGCACGGACGGCUGCAACAAGAAUACUCUCCCAGUGCUCAGUGACAAGCCCAAUAAACUACAAUGCUACACCUGCAAGAGUAAAGGGGAUCAAGUCUGCAACACAGUUGUACAAUGUGUUGGAGUUGAAGACCACUGCUUCAAAUAUACAGUGCCCGUUGGUGAUGGAAGUAAUGAUGGACGACACCUGGGCUGUGCCUCCGCUGAUGUAUGCCGCUGGUCCGAGACAUCCCCCUCUACGCCUAACUUCAACUGUUGUGAAGGGAGUCUCUGUAACAAAGCCACGGGGAUUGGACUGAGCUCUCUCCCUCUUCUGCUGGGUCUCCUCCUCAUCUCACUGGUCUAGUUAGUGGGAGGAUUCAUGGUAAUCCCAACCGUUAAGAGUGAUGUGUGUCCACAAGAUCAGGAAACGUUGGAGGUUAAUUUGUUCGUAGAAGUUAGGAAGGGUGAUGAUUUGUAUGAGGCUUUUAAAAUAAAUAGUAAAAAGUAGGCAGUUUUAAUAUCUUUAAUUUGGCACUCUACUCUGUAGUGGGAUAUGAUUUUAACAUAAAUGCUUAUUAUCGCUAUACCACUGCAGUGUAUGUUACAUAAUGUAUAGUACAAAGCUCAAGGUUGCACCCUUCCUCUCUCAUAGGGCCCGAUCAGGCCUUUUCUACGCACUUCUCAGUAGUUGGUAUUCAGACUUACCUUAUGAAGGUGCAUAACGGGCCUUGCAAGUAUGGUUUCCUUGCGCACACUGAGUAAACAAAUGUAAUUCAGCUGCUGAAAACCCUCCCACUUGCUGGCCAAUAUAUUUUCUCACAGAGUUUUCAUUCAGUAGGGUUUUCAGUACAUUUAUCUUCAGCAAUUCCGUUAAAACUACAAUAUGUAACUUUUUGGGUGACUCGACCAAAUUCACAUAGACAUGUGAGUUAUAGAUCUUCCAUUCCCAUUGAAAGCAAGUCUAAGAAGCAGUAGAUCUGUUCUAUGUGUACUAUUUCUAUGCUUCCCGUUCUGAAGUUCCAUUUUUGCAUCAUUUAUUUUUGGUUUUGUACACCACUUUCAAACAGCUGAAUAUGCAAUAUCUUUGGUUAUGGAAAAUAUAUUUCACAGAGGUUUAGAUUGUACAAUGAUUAUCUACACAAUGGCUGCUUGUUAUGUCACAUUAACUGAAAUUCCGAGAACUAUUAGAUUUUUUUGCAAACAGCAAAUGGCGGAGUGAUUUCUGCACAGGGUGUCUUUACGGUGUACCUUUAAGUAGAAUUUUGUGAACAGACUAGAGUACAUUGAGAGAAUGGGUUCAGAAAAUAAGAAUCAAUGAGGGAAAGCCAUCUAAAUAUAUGCAUAUUCAUUACUAUUUCAACACCAACUAGUAAAUGUAAAAAUACUCUGAUCUUGUAGAUUAUGAAUCAUAACAAAACAGGUUUGGAGAGCCUUUAUGCACAAAAGACACUGAAUGUAUAAAACAUUAAGACCACCUGCUCUUUCCAUGACAGACUGACCAGAUGAAUCCAGGGGAAUGCUAUGGUCCCUUAUUGAUGUCACCUGUUAAAUCAAUCCACUUCAAUCAGUGUAGAUGAAGGGGAAGAGACAGGUUACAGAAGGAUUUUUAAAACUUGAGACAAUUGAGACAUCGAUUGCUUAUGUGUGUCAUUCAGAGGGUGAAUGGGGAAGAUAAAAUAUUUCAGUGCCUUUGAAUGAGGUAUGGUAGUAGGUGCCAAGAGCACUGAUUUGAGUGUGUCAAGAACUGCAACACUGCUGGAUUUUUUACGCUCUACAGUGUGUAUUUUUAAUUUUUAAUCUUCAUUUAACUAGGCAAGUCAGUUAAGAACAAAUUCUUAUUUUCAAUGACAGCCUAGGAACAGUGGGUUAACUGCCUUGUUCAGAGGCAGAACGACACAUUUUUACCUUGUCAGCUAAGGGGAUUUGAUCUUGCAACCUUUCGGUUACUAGUCCAACACUCUAACCACUAGAAUACCUGCCACCCCUCACGGCCUACCCCGGCCAAACCCUAACCCGGAUGAUGCUGGGCCAAUUGUGCGCCGCCCUAUGGGACUCCCAAUCACAGCCGGUUGUGAUACAGCCUGGAAUCGAACCAAGGUCUGUAGUGAUGCCUUUAGGACUGAGAUGCAGUGCCUUAGACCGCUGCACCACUUGGGAGCCCAAGAAUGAUCCACCACUCAAAGGACAUCCAGACAACUUGACACAACUGUGGGAAGCAUUCGAGUCAACAUGGGCCAGCAUCCUUAUGGUUUGCUUUCGACACCUUGUAGAAUCCAUGCCCAGACAAAUUGAGACUGUUCUGAGGGCAAAGGGAGCGCAACUCAAUAUUAGGAAGGUGUUCCUAUUGUUUUGUACACUCAGGGUAUGUUGAUGAAUCAAAAAUACAGUGGUUUGAUUCAUUUUGAAAAUUGCCACAUUCAAAUCUUUAACCCAUGGUAAUGUUGGAAGAUUAGUGUAUAUGCAAUGAUAGUAGGGAGAAUAGUGUACAAUAGUAGGCUAUUGACUCGUCUAUUGCCUGCACUAACCAUGGAACUGUGUGAUGACACAAACUGUUAUGGCUUGGUCUGCACUCGGCUCCAUAGCGAUUUAAUUAGCCUACAUGUCCUUUUGUUAUUUUAUGGCUGGUUAUGACACCUGCUUAAGAGUGUCAAAACCUAUAAAACGUCCCACACAAGGCGAAACAUUCCAUGAUACCGUAGCCUACGUGGCAACAGUAUGUUUAUGUUAUAUAACAUUUUCUGAAAUGUAUCAUAUUAAAUUAUCAUUGUAAUUGCGUACACAUUGAUGUCAGGCAUGUACAUACCCCAAUGCUCUGUUGCUGAUGACUGGGAUGAAUGCAGGAGCAGAUUUAGACGGAUAAAGACGCCCUCUUUUUGACUGAUGGCUGACAUAAGGGCAUGUACGUGAUAGGCCUAUCUGGCUUAUAUGAUUAUGAUGUCAUAAUGCUUCAUGGCAGUGUCAUUAAGGGCAUUUUCCACGUUAUUUAAAAUGUGAUGGAAAAAAAAACGACUGUAAAGAUUUUCGUACAACAACAACAAAGGAUUUUAGAAACAAACUUUCAAACGAAAGGAAACUGAAUAAAUGUGGGUUUUGACACGCUUAUGUAGGUGUUAUAACCAGCCACAAAAUAACACAUAUCACAACAGGUGUAAACAUAUGGGUCAUGAGAGUGUUAUGACCAUAUUAUGGCAGGUUAUGACACGUUAAAUCAGCUGUUAUGACAUAUUAUGACAUGGUUAUGACUGUGUCAUAAGAUGUUAUGACUCUGGGUGUCAAGUAUAGGGUUACAUGUCUUUUUUUAAUAUUAUCAACUGUUACUAAUGAUCCUCAGCAACAACCACAUGUCCGUGACGAUGUUUACAGAGGAAGCCAAUGAAGGUAAAUGAAACAAUCCAAUGAAAUGAAAUGAUAACGUAGACUAUACAAACUGAAGGGAACCCACAGUAAAUUGGCAGUUGAAUAUAUGUGGUUAUUAGGCCUACUGAUGGUCGAUACUGAUAGUGGUAUGUAAAAUGAUUAGAAAUAGGGAACAGAGAAAGUCGGGGAUAGCCUAUAAUUAAGACAUUUAAGAGUGCCCAUCCUUGCAAGUUAAAGGCUGUACAAUUUAAAUUCUGCAUAAUGGGUCCGCAUUUCAUAAACUACUGUGGGAUAUGUUGAUAUGCUUCAGUGUGCUGCCAUAUGGCUGGUUUCAGCGAUGAUAAGGUCAAAUACAUCUAUAUCUAAAACACGUGUCAUUUAUAUUUACAAUUCCCUUAUCCAAACUGAUUACUCAUUUAACUAGUUGUUAUCAAUAGCUCUUAUCAAGUUGCAAAUCACUGUGCAUAGAAAACGGUAUUACUUCUUUUGGAGAAAAAUGAAGUAGAUGUUUUUUUCUCACUUGGAACCGGCAGGAUCGCUACACCUUAUUCAUGGUUUCCUUGUGUAUAAAAGUGGUGGAAAUAUUGGGAAAUUAAGUCUAUUCUCAUGCUUAAGUUCAAGGUCAGAAUACAUACUGUAUAGAGAGAAGUGCAAACAAAGGGAAUAGAGUUCCAUUUACGCCCUUAACUCAGGUCGGAACUGGGACCAUAGUGAUGGGGGUAAUCCACGUUAUGUACAUUUAAUAACAAUGUGGGAUUCCAAAAUAUGUGUUUAUGUUUGUUUGACUUUUUCUGUACGAUUUCUACUUUUUAAAGUACUCUCGGAAGACUAGCCAUUGGUGGGCUAAGAGAGGUCCUAAUAAUAAAUAAACUAUAAAAAAAACAA